AUGUCGUCCGUGGUUGCUUCAGCCUCGGAGGCUGCUUCUGCCUGCAAAGCAAAGAUGCAGGCGGCGGGUGUGAGUGAGGCGUGCAUCCGUACAUUUUUGGCCCAACACGCCGUUAUUAGCAAAGGAGAAACAGGCGACAUCCCUGAGAGCAGUAUAUGUCCUGUAGAGUCUCUUGACGCACUUGAGCACCUCACCGCGCCUGUGGACCGCUCUCUUCUUAAGCACGUGGUGUUACUGAAGCUCAACGGUGGCCUUGGAACGGGCAUGGGGUUGCAUACAGCUAAAAGUCUUCUUCCCGUCAAGGACGGCAAAAACUUCCUUGACUUUACUGUACUGCAGGUGGAACAUCUUCGUAAGGCGUACAGUGACCACCUACACUUCAUGCUGAUGGACUCGUUUUCCACCUCCUCUGACACGAAGGCGUACCUACAAAAAUACCCAUGGCUGUCCAACACCUUUGAUGCAGAGGUGGAACUGAUGCAGAACCAGGUACCAAAAAUUUGUCAGGGCAAUUUUUUCCCUGCUACAUAUGAAGCGGACCCCUCGUGCGAGUGGGCCCCACCGGGCCAUGGAGACCUUUACACAGCACUCUAUGGCAGCGGUAAGCUGGAUGAUUUGCUUUGCAGUGGAUAUAAAUAUAUGUUUGUUUCCAACGGUGACAACCUGGGGGCAACGCUGGAUGUGCGUCUCCUCGCGUAUAUGGAGGCACACCAGUUAGACUUUCUUAUGGAAGUUUGCCGGAGGACUGAGUCUGAUAAAAAGGGUGGCCACAUUGCGUAUCAAACUGUCUUUGAUGCGGGUGCGACGACGCCACGGCGCCGGUUUGUCCUUCGUGAGUCAGCGCAGUGUCUGAAAGAGGAUGAGGCGUGCUUUCAGGACAUUGAGAAGCAUCGCUUUUUCAACACGAACAACUUAUGGUUGAAUCUUGUGUCCCUUAAGAAAACAAUGGAAAGCCAGGGUGGGAUACUCCAGUUGCCUGUGAUUCGCAACGCAAAGACGGUGAACCCAGUGGAUAGCACCUCGACAAAGGUGUAUCAACUAGAGACGGCGAUGGGCGCAGCCAUUGGGUUGUUUGAGCACUCCGCAGUUGUGUUGGUCCAACGAGAGCGUUUUGCGCCUGUGAAGACGUGUUCGGAUUUACUUGCGCUGCGGUCCGAUGCUUAUGUUGUCACGGAGGAUCAGCGGCUUGUUCUUUGUGAAGAGCGAGCUGGAAAGCCACCGAUAAUUGUGCUCGAUAACCAGCACUACAAGAUGAUCACUGGAUUGGAAACGCUGGUGAGGGGAGGUGUGCCAUCACUGCGACAGUGCACAAAGCUUACCAUUCAGGGACCCGUGGUGUUCGAGAGUGGCAUUGUGGUGAAGGGCGAUGUAACGAUACGCAACAUGACGGGGAAGCCGCUCACCAUUCAGCGCGACCGCGUGCUUAAUAAUGAAGUAGUGGAGGCGUAG